GUGUCGGACCAGUAGCACAAACGAGGGACAGCUAGUGACUGAAUAGCCAAAAUAAGACACAUAUUGUGUUUCUCUGGUUCAGAGGGUUUAUAGUUGUUUCUGUACCGAUGUUAUGAUUCUAGCUGCGUUCUUUCUGAGGUGAACGUGCUGAUUUACUGUCAGAGAGGAUGUUCGCGAGACCGUUUCGUGUCAAAUCCAACACCGCAAUCAAAGGAUCAGACAGGAGAAAGCUCAAAGCUGACAUAUCAGCAGCUUUCCCUUCACUGUCUGCUGAUGAUCUGUCUGAGCUGGUCCCCAACAAAGAGGAACUAAAUGUAGUGAAGAUUUAUGCACAUAAGGGAGAAGCUGUGACACUUUAUGUUCUUCAUAAAAACCCACUGUUCUUUGAGCUGGAGAAACGCCUUUAUCCUACAGUGUAUGUACUGUGGAGGUAUCCAGCUCUGCUGCCAACAUUCAAGACAUGGCCUCCUGUGCUUCAGAAGCUGAUUGGAGGGGCAGAUCUCAUGCUGCCAGGUGUGGUUGUGCCGUUGGGUGGUCUUCCAGAUGUUAAACAGGGAGACUUCUGUGCCGUUACAAUUGUCAACAAUAGAGCUCCUGUGGCAGUUGGCACUGCUGUUCUUUCAAGUGCAGAGAUGCAGAGUGCUGACAUGAAAGGGAGAGGGGUUUGUGUUCUCCACACGUAUAUGGAUAAUCUUUGGGCAUUUGGAGACAAAUCAGGUCCUCCAUCUUUACCAGACACAGAGAGUGAAGGACAGGGGUUGAAUGGAGAGGAAUGUGAGGUUGAUAAAGAAGAAGAGGAGGAAGAGGGUGAGAGAAGUGCAGAGGAGGAGCAGCAGAGUCCUGGUGAAAUGGUCACAGAUCAAGCCUGCUCUGCUAUUGAGGAACUGAGUCUUACGAAGGAGGAGGAAGAGAAAGGUGAAAAGGACAACGAAGAAGCAGAGGAGAACAAGGAUGAUCAGAAAAUGCCACAAGAGAUAAUGGACGCUCUGCUAUUGCAGUGUUUCCUCCAUGCUCUCAAGAGCAGGGUGAAGAAGUCAGAGCUCCCUCUGCUGACAAGUACAUUUCUCCGCAACCACAUGUUCUCCUGCUGCCCAAGUGGGAAACAGCUGGAUAUCAAGAAAUCAAGCUAUAAAAAGCUCUCCAAGUUCCUGCAGGCCAUGCAGCAGAAGCACAACCUUGUGCAAGUUAAAGAACUGACCAAGGGUGUGGAGAGCAUUGUGGAAGUGGACUGGAAAAAUCCAGAACUGCGGUCCUUCAACAUUCCUGAGGAGACAGAUGUGGAGGCAGCUCCUGCACAGGAUGGAGGAGAAGGAGAAACUCCAUACCAUCCUCCUGAGAUCAGAACUCUAUAUUCUGUGUCAGCUCGACUGGAGCCUCUCUUUUUGGAUGCAAACAAAAGGAAAGGGACAAUACUGCAACCUGCUGAAGUGAGGAAUAUUGUAACAGAGUAUGUGAAGAAGAAUGAAUUGGUGGAUGAAAAUAAUAAAAAUUAUGUCACCAUAAACCCGACUCUGUGUGACUGCUUGUUGGAGAAAUCAGAGUACCAGGAGGUGGAGUUACUCAAGUGGGAUGACCUCUUUAGCAGGACUUUGGGAAAAAUGCAGGAGUGCUAUGAAGUUGUAUUUCCUGGACAAGCGCCCAUAAGAAAGAAGGGCCAUAUUGAGCCUAUAGAUAUCUCUGUGGCUUCUCGAGGCUCCAAUAAGAAGGUUACUCUGAUAAAGAACCUGGAAGUGUACGGUUUGGAUCCUGCAGUUGUGGCCACAGCUCUGCAGCACCGGGUUCAGGCCAGCUCCGUUUUACAGCCAAUCCCUGGAUCCAAGGAUAAAGUCCUGGUCCAAAUCCAAGGCAACCAGAUUCAUCAAGUCGGCAAUUUGUUGCUAGAGCAUUAUCAAAUCCCUCGAAAGUACAUCCAAGGACUAGACAAAGCUCCUAAAGGAGGCAAGAAGAAAUAACACUUUAUCAAGUGUGAUUAUCAACAAUUUAUUGUCUGGAAUCAAAACAAACAGUCUAAUAAAAUUGAUUCCCUGUCGUCUUCUGACGGUUGAUAACAGGAGCCAGAGGUUCUUGUUCUCAUUUGUCUUCCAGUGAGUAUUCAGUAGAGGGGUUGAAGCCAUUAGCAGUGGUUUACACAAUGUUCAUGCUGGGCUCCACUUUGGCAGAUGAAAUAUUCUAAAACUUUCCACUCACCAACCAAAUCAACACAAACUGAAAAGCCUAUCUUACACAGGCAGGCCAUGGUAAAAGGAUAGAGUGUGGCUCUGUCUUUAAUAACCAUCACUGAACUGGUGGAGACAAGGGCAAGAUAAUUAUUACAUUUUUGUGUCUUUGUUUUGCUGGAUUUUUUGUUAGCGUUUAUUUACCUGGAAUUUAUCACUCAAAAUUUAACGUGCUUUGUUAGCAGUGUAAAACACUGCAUACUAAACCGACUCUCUUCUCUACGGUUUAAACCAGGGGUGUCCCGAUCCCGAUCGUAUGUAUCGGAUCAGAGCCGAUAUAAGCAUUUUUAACUGAUCGGAGAUCGGCAAUUUGUUCCGAUCAGCCCACCCGAUCAUUUACGUCAGCUGUUGUAAGCAAAACACAAUUUACGACAUACACCAUAUACGCACCAGUAACACAACAAAGCAAAAGUAGCAACAUUAGCAUUCCUGUGUUUAAAAUGUAGGCAGUGUGGAAAAGCUUCUAACAUGAGAGUGAAAACAGUCCAGUGGCCACUUGCAGCAUCUGUAACAUGACCUUUUCACGAGGUGGUAGUAGCAGUUAACACUACAAAUUUGAUCCGUCAUCUCCGAACUAAACAUACAGCGCAAUACGUUGACUUCACUAUAGCAACAGGCAGCUUCACCGAAGCAACAAACUCUGGGCUUAAUUUUUUUUUUUUUUUUUUUAAGAUUUAUUUUUGGGCUUUUUGUGCCUUUAUUUGAUAGUGGAGGGCAGUGGGUAGAGCCGGAAAUGGGAGAGAGAGUGGGGAGAAACAUGCGGUAAAGAGCCACAGGCCGGAUUAGAACCUGCACCUCCUGCGUACAUGGUAGUGCCGUAGACCGCUAGGCCAUCUGCGCGCCAGCAAACUCUGGACUUUAAGAGAAAAGACAAGUACCCUAGAGAGAGCGAUAAGGCAAAAAAGAUAACAGAAAAAGUGGUCAACUUCAUUGCUUCAAACAACCAUCCCAUCUCAGUGGUGGAGAAUUUGGGUUUUUGUUGUCUUCUUGAGCUUUUGGGUCCGCGCUAUCUGCUGCCGUCUCCACAUUGCAUUACUGACACUACCUUACCAGAGCUGUAUAACAAAGUAUGUAACAGCAUACUAGAGAAUGUAGAAAGCAACUUUGUUGCCGUUAGCUUCACUACAGACAUUUGGAGCUCUGAUGUUUGCCCUAUGUCACUGCAAAGUCUCGCUGAACAGUCCUCCACCUUUGAGUUAAAGCGUGCAGUGUUACAUGCACACCAUUUUCGUGGGUCUCACACAGCAGAGCAUGUAAAGCAGGCCAUCGAGGAUGCUGGUUUUCCUAAACAAGAACCUUCACUUCAUUUUAAAGUAAUAUUGAGUAAAGAAAUAAAAGUGAGGGAGGAAAACGUGAUGUAGCAGCUCCAGUUGCUCUUUAGAAAUUGCACUGUAAUAACAAGAGUGCCUUGUAUUUGAUAUUUCAAGUUAAACUGUUUUGAGUUCAGUUUUUGUUGUGACUAAUGUAGUU